AUUGGCAACAUUUAUUACAUCACGGCCAUCUCGGUCAUCGGUGGUGGACUGUUUGGUUUCGACAUCUCGUCCAUGUCUGCCAUCCUGGGCACUAACCAGUAUAAAUGCUAUUUCAAUCAGGGGCCUGUCGGCCCACCGUUCACAGAUGACCCAGAUUGCUCCGGUCCCAAAGCAGAUGUACAAGGCGGAAUUACAGCUGCCAUGCCAGGCGGCAGUUUUGUGGGUGCCUUGAUGUCUGGCUUCCUCACCGACUGGUUGGGUCGGAAGAGAGCUAUCCAGAUCGGCGCCGUCAUAUGGAUCAUUGGUUCAAUGAUAGUCUGCUCAUCGCAGAAUAUUGGUCAACUUGUUGCCGGUCGAUUUAUAAAUGGUCUAUCUGUCGGUAUCGAAUCAGCUCAAGUCCCCGUCUACGUCGCUGAGCUAGCCAACCCUAGUAGACGAGGUCGCGUUGUGGGCGCGCAACAAUGGGCAAUUACCUGGGUUAGUGACGCCGAAGGUAUAAAUACCACGACUAGCGCUGGUGUUUUGUCUCAGUCUGCACGAAAGAUCCGUACGGGCAUACUCAUUAUGUUUUAUAUCUCAUUUGGUUGCUCGUAUCUCAAAGGCCCAAAAGCAUUCAGGGUACCGUGGGGACUCCAAGCUCUGCCAGCUGUCUUCCUUCUGAUCGGCUUAUUCUUUUUGCCCGAGUCUCCUCGCUGGUUGGCUCGCAAAGACCGCUGGGAGGAUUGUGAGAAGGUUCUCAUAUUGGUUCAUGGUCACGGUGAUCCCAGCAGUCCGUUCGCGAAGCGAGAGCUGCGAGAAAUCCAAGAGAUGGUCGAGUUCGAGAGACGCAAUCAAGACGUCUCGUAUUUUGAACUCUUCAAGCCGCACAUGAUUAAUCGAACUCAUAUUGGUGUGUUCACUCAGGCCAAAAGAGAUGCUGACAUAACGCAUAUGUACUACAUCACUUAUUUGUUCGGCAUGGCAGGUCUCAAGGGAAACAACAAUCUUGUCGCCUCGUCCAUUCAAUAUGUUAUCAAUGUCUUCAUGACCAUUUUUGCCUUGAUCUUCAUCGAUAGAUGGGGCCGUAGACUACCACUAUUGGUUGGAGCCUUCUUUAUGGCACUCUGGCUCUUCAUCAAUGCUGGUCUCAUGGCUUCAUAUGGACAUCGAGCACCGCCCGGAGGUGUCAACAAUGUUCCUGAAGAGAGCUGGCAGAUCGCUGGACCAGCGUCCAAGGCCGUCAUUGCUUGUACUUAUCUUUUUGUCGCGUCGUUUGCUCCUACAUGGGGACCAGUCUCGUGGAUAUACCCCCAGAGCUAUUUCCCUUGCGAAGGAAAGGCCGUUGCUCUCUGCACUGCUGCAAACUGGAUCAUGAACUUUGCGCUUAGUUACUUCGUCCCGCCCGCCUUCGUCAACAUCCAGUGGAAAGUUUACGUGGUUUUCGGCGUGUUCUGCGUCACAAUGUUCAUCCAUGUCUUCCUUUGCUUUCCGGAGACCAGCGGUAAAAGCCUCGAAGAAGUGGAAGCGUUGUUCCUGCAAAGGUACCAGCCUGGAAGACCAGAGUGCAGUACCAGCAUGUACGUGCGCUGGAGCAAAAUCGCGCCGAUGAGAAAGCUGCGGAUAUUGAAGCGAGUCCUGAAAGAGAAACCACAGAGAAGACAAUUUAGCCCAAUGCUUGGAUUGGCAUGUUGGAGGCUGCGUGAGGCGUGUUUUGAACUUGGCUCAAUACUGGAUUCUGGCUGGCUGGAUCAGCCCAAUUCUCUCGUUGUCUAUACUUGUGGUGGUCAUUGUCGUUCGCUCGAUUCCUAG